AUGGCUACUAAGUUCAAAAGCAUUCUCCCUGUCAUUGACAUUUCCAGUUUUCCACAGGACUUCGAUGCUCAAGAACUGAACCAGCUUCAAUAUCAUCCCGUGCUCGCCAAACUCAGAAAGGCCUGCAAGGAAUGGGGAUUUUUCCAACUUGUCAACCAUGGAAUUCCUGUUGACCUUCUGGAAACAGCUGAGAAUGUUUGCAGAGAUGUAUUAUCCCUACCAACCGAGGUCAAAGACAGAGCCUCAACUGGUAAUGCAUUGGGCACUUAUUACCGAAGUCCAAAUUUUGAGCGCUUUCGCCUUCCAGACUCGAUUAAUCCAGCUUCUGUUGAGCAAAUGUGUUCAAAGAUAUACCCAGAAGGGAACCCCAUUUUUUGCGAAACGAUGGAAAAAUACGCUUUGUCUGUAUCGAAUCUUGAAAAAAAUGUCACAAAAUUGAUUCUUGCAAGCCUGGGCUUGGAUCCCAACGCUUUCUAUAACUCUUGCUUUGAAAGAUGCACAUCAAUAUUGCGUAUAAACGGCUAUUCAUCGGAAAAUUUGUCCAUUGGAGAGGAAGCGCUUGGCUCUCAUACCGAUUUGAACUGCCUCACAAUCCUUUACCAGGAUGAUGUGGGAGGCCUUCAGAUUCGAUCUCAGGAGGGCGAGUGGUUCAACGUCAAACCUCUCUCUCACUCAUUUGUUAUCAAUGUUGGGGAUUCGAUUAAGGCAUGGAGUAACGGUAGAUACCGCAGCGCAGAACACCGUGUUGUUUACAAAGGAUGGAGAGAUCGUAUGUCGAUUGGGUUUUUCACUUCUUUUCCAGAGGAGGAGGAAAUCUGGGCACCUGUGGAGCUUGUGGACGAUGGCAAUCCAAGGCGUUACAAGGCUUUCAUAUAUUCUCAUUUCAAGAAGGAAGUUCUGGGUGAUAAAGAAAAUAAAGAGAAAGCUACGGCUCUUGAACGAUUCGCGGGUGUAUAA